AUGGCGACCCGAGCGUGGACGACGGAUAUCUGUUCGCAUCCGUCGACGAGCGCGCGAUCGCGAGCGCGAACGUUGACGCGGGCGAAACGCGCGGCGAAGGAUCCGAGUGAAUUCGAUAAUGAUUACGAUUUGAUACGCGCCGAGCUCAUGGGCGAGCGCGAGGGUAACGUUGGUGCGCCCACGAUCGGGGCGACUUUGAAUUGGUUCUCUGAGCUGUCGUUUGGGUGGCGUAAGGCGGGCGAGCGCGUGCGAGGACCGGUCGAUAAGCUCGCGGAGCUGUACGGCGACCUGCUCGAUUUUCUUCCGUAUCGUCGACAGGAUGGGACGCCGCUGAGUGGGAGAUCAAAGACAAUUGAGGACGGCGUCCGUCGUCUGCGUAGGCGUGCGGCGUCUGCUCGAAAUAUUGAGACAGAGCGCUCGGUCGAGGCGUUCUGGAGCGAACGGGAUCGCCGCAGGGGAUUCGCAAAGAUGGCGAUGGAGCACACGGUGGCGUUGGCGAUCGAUUUCGAACGCGGUGCGAUUGCGACCGAGACGGUGGAGGACGAGCGCGCGUUGCGUUCGAUGACGGACGAGCCCACUCUCGCGUCGUUGUGCGAGCGCUUAGAUUCCGUGCGGAACAUCUGCCUGUGUUCCAACGCCGCCGACGCGUGCAAAAUGGCGUACUCUUAUCCAGAGAUUCUUCUCACCAGCAACGGAGCCAUCGUCAGUCGAUUAUCCGCCUUGCGUUCCAUGAUUCCCGGCGCGGAUGUGGGCAAAAUCCUCCGCGCCGACGCGAGGUCAUUCCUUCAGAGAGACGUCCCGGAGAUCAAAUUGCGCUUCCAAGCACUUGUCAUCGCGUUUCCUCGCGUCAACGUCGCUCGUCUGGUCGAGCACGACCCGAGUCUUCUCCUCAUCGACGUCGACGUCGGCCUCGAGGCUCUUCGCGAGCUUUGGACCGAGGACGAGUUCGCCCAGAGCGAUGAAGACAACCCGUUCUUCGCCGAAGAGCUCGCCCUGGCGAUCAAGACGCUCAGCGGUGCGGCUCCCGAACAAUUCGGUGGUUGA